GGCGGCGAUGGCGGACAGGGGAGCCAAGCGGACGGCCGCAGAGGCCUUCCUGGACCAAAACGUUGAAAGUCAGCCAAACCUGCCAGAGGGAUCGUCUCGCAUGAAGUGCGUCUGAGGCGUCCAGUGCCACGCAGUGGACCUGCUGCCCCCCCUCCGCCCCCUUGCCCCGCCUGGUUGUUCUGGAGAGGGCUGCUGAUGUUUCUAUCUCUCGAGAAAUAGCUUCAUCGCACCGUUGAGAACGAACCUAUUCAGGUGUCACUGAACUCACCCGCCAGUUGUGCACUCAUUCAUUCAUCUGCUGUGGACGUGUGGUGUGUGCAGAUGGCUGGCACGACCGGCACAUCGUUUCGUUUGAUCCAUCAGUCGGCCAUGGUAUCAACGAGGGACCGGUAAGACCAGCAGGAAGCCAAAGUUGAUGCAUUCAACAAUAGUGGAUCUUCUUGCUGUUGCAGGCUGGGAGGCGUCUGUCGCGCGACAUGGUGGUCAACCAACAGGAGGAGGACGACAGUGGCGACAGCGAUGAAGGUGAGUGUGCAGGCGGCCGCCUCCAUCUCGGUAGGUCGGUCGGAUCAAUCGGUGUGUGUGGUGGUGUGCAGCGGAGGGUGUGGACGAGGAUAGUGACGAUGACGACGAUAGCGAUGAGGGACCGGUAAGACCAGCAGGAAGCCAAAUUUGAUGCAUUUGACGAUGGCGGAUCUUCUUGCCGUGUGUGUGUGUGUCAGACAUUGCGUGCGCCUCGUUACAAGGUCGGCACUCGUGUGUCGGUGGCGGCCGAGGAAAGGAGGGGCGACUCUGUGUGGGUGACGGCCGCUGUGUACGACACGAAGGAGACCGAUGGCGGCACUGUGGUGUUCAUGCGGGAGGUGGAGGGGAGGGAGGAGCUCGAGCCGGUCACCGUACCGCACCGGACCAAGCCACCACCCAAGCACAACCAAGACCUGGUAGACACCUACACGACAGUCACACGUGCGUUGGACCUCCAGUGCGGAUCCCUCACUCUCACUCUCUCUCUCUGUCUCUGUGUGUGUGUGUGUGUGUGUGUGUGCGUGUGUGUGUCCACGUCAGCGAAUGGGCGGCAAGACGUUUUCGUGGAAGGGCAAGAUUUCGGCUGGGACCACCACCAGAGCACAGGAUUCCACACCGGUACGCACAGACAAACAUGCAAUCAAUGCACACAGAUGGACCAGCUCAUGGUCAUGGCAUUUUUGCUGUUUGAGUUGUCUCCAUCCAGGUGGUGGCUGCUGGUGGCGAGGGCGAGGGCAAGCGUAGACGUGUAGCUUUCGAACCGGCUGCUGCUGCUGCUGCUGCAUCUUCCCCAUCGCAGGGAAGGCGUUUGCCGCGUGAGGGCCUCAUUCUCAUCUCGGGCUAUGGCGUCUGGCCGCUCUUCGACAACAGCAUCGCCAAGGAGGCCGGGGCUCAGUGCCGCCAGCUCGACAUUGACUCCUCCCGGGCCGCCGACAGGGCCUUCUGGCAGGCGAUGCCCGUCAACGUGGCCAAGAGGUGGGGCGGCCGCAUGCCCAAACUCACCCGCAUCUGGUGCUGUCACCCGGACGGCGAAGGCGGGUGGUGUCUGGCCGCUGUCACGGCCCUCAUCGAAGGCCACACGGAGGGCCGCACAGCGAUGGUCGCGGAGAAGAGAAGGGAGUCAGAGAGGCGGGGAGAGGCGUCCGACAUCCCCGACGGCUCACUCACGACAAUCGCCUUCGAGGCGGUUGAGCUCAGCGACGAGGACAUGCUGUCCGUCCGGCGCAUCAACCACCUGUCCGUCCGGCGCAUCCACCCCUACCUCCCCCCUGUGUGUGCCCCGCCCCCCUCCCUCCCCGCCCUCACAUCCAUCAGCGGCCUCACUGCCCGCCACCGUUUCAUCGGCAGCCGCCACUGGCGCGUCCCGUCGCUGGAGCGGGUGCAGGCACACGAGCACAUCGACACACUGGGGCCACUCGUCGGCUCGUCGCGGUGCCUGAGGGUGUUCGACGUGCCCUCGACGGUCGGCCAGAAGGCCGAGGUGCUGCAGCAGGUGCCUGUUGCUGCAGAGGAGGGACAGCCGGGGCCGCUGGCGAACUUGGAGGAUAUCGGGCCGAUUGAGGUUGAGGGUGACAUGAUGGGGAAUUUGGUUGGGUGGGGGUUAUGGCUGGCUACAUUCUGGCGCACUCAUAGAUUGCAGGUCAGGAGGCUGCUAACACGGAAUGGACAACAGAUGCAAUGAUACUGACCCAUGUCAUUUCCUUUCUUAGGAGCUGGAGUCGGUCCUCGUGUCACGAGGCUGUCGUCGGUCCCUCAAGUCGCUGAAGGUCAAGUUCGUCGAGCCGGCGAUUGUGGGCCACAUGGUCUUCGAGUUCGCCGAGGCCCUGCAGACAUUCGCCAGUGCCGUGUGCGUCGACAGCGUCCCCAUCAGCUUCACCGGUGCGGCUCGGGGGGAUUUCCUGAUGACCCUGUACAGCUCUCUCUUCCCCGCUGCACCCUCCCCCAUCCUCAAGACACUCAUGCGCCAGCUGGCAGACCAGGCGACUCGGGUGACAGUGGACUUCAGGUCGUCCGACCUCGCCACCCCUCCCACACCUGCGAUGCUCGACAUGGCCAGAGGCCUCGCAUUCAACAAGGCCACGAGUGUGCGUGUGUUCGGUGUCGACCAGCCUGCACAGGCCGCCCUCGCCCCCGCCCACCCUGCCCUCGCCCUCAUCGACCAGAUCCAGCCGAUGCCGCAGGCGUCGGACUUGACAAUCAGCAGACGCAUGGCAUUGGCGGCCGGCAUCCAGCUUGCCAGCAAGAUGCCCAACUUGCGGGUGCUGUACAUCCAGGACAGUGUGCUUAUGCAAGAGGCGCUGCAGGCCAUCAAGGCGAUCGGGUCUGAGCGGGAUCUCGACACGGUGACUGUGAGUGACAUUUGGGGGGUGGGCAGCGGGGGCAUCGACACAGGGGAGCAUAGGGAGGGAAUCCCCCAGAUCACCAAACUGGUUGUCAGACUCACAGGUGGGUGGAUUGCAGGGUAGGCAGCCCCACGGAGAGAGAAAGAGACACAGAGAGAGACCUGUAUGUGAAUGUGUGUCUGUGUUUGUGCGUCUGUGUGUCCAAUCCCACAUCAGUUCCUGGUGGCGUCCCCGACUUAAUCGAGUUCGCCUGUUCGAGUGUGAGAUCGCUGCUGCGGCUCAGGUGCAAGACGGUGGACCUCCGGCUGCAUGGCCUGGACGCCCACACACGCAGCCUGCUCGAGUCUGCCGUGCCUCCACAACUUGGCAGCGGGGAGGGCACGACAAUUUUGUGCUCGCAGGAGAGGGACACGUGGGACGGUGAUUGUCUCAGGAUCACUGCCAAGCAUGACAGUGGGUAGCUACGGGUGUGUAGCGGCGUGUGGGAAUAGGACGCCUUUUCAUGUGCAAGCACUCGAGAGGGAGGGGAUUGGGGUGUGGAUUGACUGACGUAAAUGAUGGUGGCUGCUCGAACGCACGUAUGAGGUCAUGG